CCCAACUCCGCAACCGUGAUCGCCGUGAACAGCUGCCUGCCAGCUUGAGCUCGGCCGCUAUUUGUACAUCUGAACUUCCCCGUCGGACAGUAUCCCGCCAUUACUAGAAUCUUCGUGAUGAUAUGGUUGUAGUUCUAUGACCUCGAAACUAAAUACACGCCACGAUGUCGCGCGAGCACGCCUUGAAAGAGGAGGAGGCAGGGCUCCUUGGAAGACACGACACAUCGACGCGCAUCUCGGAAGAUGGCUCGGAAGCCUCUGGAUCCUCGAUUUCGACCACGUCGCUAGUCCUCGAGCAUAUCAACGACGACGCGUUCAAAGGUGCAUCGCAACCGACGCUCUCGGAGAAGUACAGGGACGAGGAUGACGGCGAGCUUGGCCAGGCGCGUGAGCGUUUCGAUGUUGAAGACGGGCGAAACCACGCGCUGGAGCCGGUAGACAAGAAGGCGCGACGAAUGCUCUGGAUCGUUGGCAUCAUCUGUGCCAUAGGCUGGGGGCUUGCACUGGUUACCUUCCUGAUGAAUGGCAGCUACAAGCAUGCAUCUUCCCGCCCACACGACCCUCUCGCAAGCUCGACAAAGGGUUCUGGGAAGAAGGUCACGCUCGACAGCGUGCUCGGCGGGCAAUGGUAUGCCCAGCAGCAGCGUGUGGAAUGGAUCGCAGGACCAAACGGAGAAGACGGCCUGUUGCUCGAGAAAGGCGUGUCGGGCAAAGACUAUUUGGUUGUCGAGAACAUCAGAAGCAAAGACGAUGGUGGAGCGCCUGCUAAAACCAUAACGCUGAUGAAGGAGAGUGGCUUCCAAGUAAACGGCACCUAUGUACAACCCAGCAAUGUAUGGCCCAGCAAAGACUUCAAGAAAGUGCUCGUUAUUUCGGACUCGCAGAAGAACUGGAGGCAUUCUUUUACAGGAAUGUAUUGGAUUUUCGACGUUGAGACGCAAACUGGUCAGCCUUUGGACCCAGAGAACCCGGACCGCCGGAUACAGCUGGCAUCAUGGUCACCCCAGUCAGAUGCCGUUGUCUUCACAAGGGAUAACAACAUGUUCUUGCGCAAGCUCAACACAAACGAGGUCGUUCCAAUCACAACAGACGGCGGAUCAGAGCUGUUCUAUGGCGUUCCCGACUGGGUCUACGAGGAAGAAGUAUUUUCAGGAAACAGCGCGACAUGGUGGUCUGAAGACGGUCAAUACGUGGCUUUCUUACGGACAGACGAAUCGACCGUUCCAACCUUCCCCGUACAAUACUUCGUCUCGCGACCGAGCGGAGAACGACCGAAGCCUGGAGAGGAGAGCUAUCCGGAGGUCCGUGAUAUCAAGUACCCCAAGGCCGGUGCGCCAAACCCCAUCGUGUCGCUGCAGUUCUACGAUGUUGAGAAGGGCGAGGUUUUCAGCGUCAAAAUCGCUGAUGACUUCAAAGACGAUAACCGUCUCAUCACUGAGAUAGUUUGGGCUGGCAAAACCAAGCAGGUCCUUGUUCGGGAGACCAACCGAGAAAGUGACAUCCUCAAAGUUGUCUUGAUGGACGUUGAGAAACGAACCGGAAAGACUGUCAGGACGGAGAACGUAGCAGAGCUCGAUGGAGGCUGGUUCGAGGUCUCUCAGAAGACAACGUUCGUGCCCGCUGAUCCCGAGAACGGUCGCAAGGACGACGGAUACAUUGACACGGUUAUCUACAAGGGCUACGACCACAUUGGAUACUUUACGCCUUUGGACAGCGACAAGCCAAUCCUGCUUACCAAGGGGGAAUGGGAAGUCGUCGAUGCGCCAUCGCGCGUAGAUCUGAAGAACAACCUCGUCUACUACAUAUCCACUGAGCGCAGCUCCAUCGAGCGCCACCCAUACGCCGUCUACCUAAACGGCACAGGCAAGAGGGAAGUCAUCGAGAACAACCCAUCUGGUUACUACGAUGCCUCCUUCUCCGCUGGCGGUUCCUACGCCCUCAUCUCCUGCAAAGGACCCGGCAUCCCCUGGCAGAAAAUCAUCAGCACGCCCUCCACCACAAAGAAGUACACCAAGACCCUCGAGGAAAACAAGAGUCUCGAGCGCUACGCCCGCCAACACGAACUCCCCAUCCUCAAGUACCAGACCAUCGACGUCGACGGCUUCAAACUGAACGUCAUCGAACGCCGACCACCUCACUUCAGCGAGAAGAAGAAAUACCCUGUGUUGUUCUACCAGUACAGUGGGCCCGGCUCGCAGCAGGUGCACAAGAAGUUCGAAGUCGACUUCCAGAUGUACAUUGCUGCUACUCUCGGGUAUAUCGUCGUCACAGUCGAUGGACGUGGCACAGGCUUCCUCGGCCGUAAAUUGCGCUGCAUCACGAGAGGAAACAUCGGACACUACGAAGCGCUCGACCAAAUUGCAGCGGCAAAGAUAUGGAAGGCGAAGAAGUACGUCGACGGCGAGCGAAUAGCGAUCUGGGGAUGGAGUUACGGCGGCUUCCAGACACUAAAGACGCUUGAAACGGAUGCAGGCGAGACAUUCAAAUACGGCAUGGCCGUUGCUCCAGUCACGGAUUGGAGGUUCUACGACUCCAUCUACACGGAACGCUACAUGCACCAGCCCCAGAACAACGCCGACGGCUACGACAACACCUCCAUCAGCGACGUGACCUCUCUCGCGAAAAACGUCCGCUUCCUCGUCAUGCACGGCGUCGCAGACGAUAAUGUUCACAUGCAGAACACGCUCACUCUGCUCGAUUACUUGGAUCUUGCCGGUGUUGAGAACUACGAUGUGCAUGUCUUCCCGGACUCGGAUCACAGCAUCUACUUCCACAACGCUAACAAGAUUGUUUAUGAUAAGCUGAAUUGGUGGCUUAUCAAUGCGUUCAACGGUGAGUGGUUGAGGGUGGAGAAUGUGGCGCCCAAGGCGCAGAUUGAUCGCAAGUUGAAGGUGCGGCAGUAGGUGUUUGAUGGGUAACAGCGUUGGUGCUUUGAGUUUGGUGCGGUGCGGUGCUUGAUGGCAUGCUAGGCGUUUGUUUAUCUGAUAUCUUGAAUACAUGUCACUGCAAGUUGCUCCUCGCGAGUUUUUCGGUAUUGCAUUAACACUUCACCCUUGCUCGAUGCUCAGAAUACGUCGAGGUGGUGCAAGGGACGGAGUAUUGAGAACGGGAAUCGCAGAUUAAUCUAUUUAUGUCAUUUUGUCUAAGCUUAGGAGAACAAUCAAGAGCAAGAUGUGCACGAGCACC